ACACACACACACACACACACACACACACACACACACAAACAGGUGAUCAGGGAUUAAGUGUGUGUGUGUUUAUGUUGUGUAACAAAGUCCAUUUUGAUUGUAAAGAGCAGUUAUUGAGUCACAUGGAUCUGACCUGUUGACCUCUGCAUCUCCCACAAUCCCACUCUCUCCUUGAACUAUUUAAUGUCAUUUAAAUUGACAAUUCAUAACAAGACAUACUAAUGUUUUCAAACAGUAGCUUAGAGGACGUGUGUUUGUGUGUGUGUGUGUGUGUGUGUGUGUGUGAUUGAUAUCUGUGAUGAGACCAUGGUAAUGAGAAACUGAAAACUGCCCUUUAGACACAAUCAGAUCAGUUGACUGUCAUUUACAGUGUCAUGAAGAAACAUAAUAUACACAAUAAUCACACAACCUACAAAAUGUACGAGUACACUCUAAAAACGGGAAGAGUCUAACAUCUUUUUAAGUUAACUUCCAAUUACAAUUACGUUUACUCAACAAACAACACUUUUUUAUUUUUACAUUUUUAUUAGCACAAAAACGGUUUUAAUACAGGUUGAUUACUUAAAAUAAAGUUUAUCCAAAUUGGUGCAACAUAAUUCAGUCAUAAAUGAAAUUUUGAACCAAUUAAUCUGAUCUUUUUCAGUUCAAAUCUAAUUUAUACUUGGCAAGUUGUCAAAUGUAACUUAUUUAGCGUGUAAAUUUGACCAGUAUAAGAUUGUCACACUAGCUCUACUCUUCAACACGAUGGUAAAAACUGUAACCCAACCUUACCGAAACUCUUUUAAAUGUCAAACAUAACAGCAUUCAAUACUAACAGCUCUUUCCAUUCACUAAAACACAUUAAAUAACAGUGAAUUGUAACAUUUAAUUUACUUAUCUAGCUCUAUGCAAAGCAAGCUGGGAACUAGAAAUACAAUUUCCAUACAGACAUCUCAGGUUAAAUUACACAACAGAACUAAAAUGAUGUCUGCAGCUUCUGUUUGAAUUAAAUGCAGGAUGGGAAGAUGAAAAUAAAAUCAAAUUAUUUUAUUAAGUUGUUUUGCCAUCCAGAUUAGAAGUCAUCAACCACUGCACUACAUUUAGAGAACAUGCAGAUCAGUGGUGGCUGCUAGCCUACAUCCGAGUGUGUGUGUGUGAGUGUGUGUGUGUGUGUGUGUGUGUGUGUGUGUGUGUGCGCGCGGGCUAUUUUAACAGCUGCUAUGACCCAGAUCACAGCAUCCAAACCAGAACACAAAUAUAGUUUCUGUGCAUCAUCAUCACAUCAUCCUGAACUUUCAGCACAGCAUCUUGACUCUGUGUCUGCAGCGUGGACGUACCGUAGAUCCAGGUGUGUUAGGAUGCCAAUCCCCAAUCUUUCCGGUUAAACGGAGAACACUGUUCUGUCGUGUCACUGGAGAAGCAGCUGAAGAUCAAGUACAGCAUGGGAGCCAACAGAGCCAGCAGGUACAGCAUUGUGUCUCCUGAUGAGGAGGGACUGAAGAUCUCCACCAUCGGCCUCUACAACGGCCACUGCUCCGGACGGCUUCACUCCCCUGGAGCAGAGGUGGGUUCGAACAUGGGUUCGAACAUGGCAUCAGCGCUGAUGAGGACCGGCUACAAUGGGAAGAUCCCCACAUCAGGCCAAGGCCAGCUACGCUCCCGCUUCGUCAAGAAGAACGGCCAGUGCAACGUGGUCUUCGCCAACAUGGACGACAAGCCAUGGCGGUACCUGGCGGACAUCUUCACCACAUGCGUGGACAUCCGUUGGCGGUACCUGCUGAUGGUCUUCUGCUCCACCUUUCUGCUGUCCUGGCUCGUGUUUGGACUGAUCUUCUACAGCAUAUCUUUAGUGCACGGAGACUUCGAGAAAGAUCGCGGAAGCAGCGGGAGGCCAUGGAAACCGUGUUUGCAGCAUGUCGAGGGUUUUGUUGGUGCAUUCCUGUUCUCAAUCGAGACUCAAACCACGAUUGGUUACGGCUGGCGCUGCGUGACCGAAGAGUGUCCGGUAGCUAUCGUAACGGUGGUGGUGCAAUCCAUCGUUGGGUGCAUCAUUGACUCUUUCAUGAUUGGCACCAUUAUGGCCAAAAUGGCACGUCCGAAGAAGCGAAACCAAACCUUGAUGUUUUCGCAUAACGCAGUGAUUGCACUGCGAGAUGGAAAGCUGUGUUUGAUGUGGCGUGUUGGGAACCUUCGGCGGAGCCACAUUGUUGAAGCCCACGUCCGCGCGCAGCUCAUCCGCCCCUACAUGACGGCAGAGGGCGAGUUCAUCCCGCUGGAACAGAUGGAUUUGAACGUGGGCUACGACGACGGUACAGACCGCCUCUUCCUGGUGUCACCGCUAGUAAUCGUGCAUGAAAUCGACGAGGACUCGCCGCUGUGGGGAUUGAGCCGCGUGGAUCUCGAGUCUGAUGAUUUCGAGAUCGUAGUGAUCCUGGAGGGAAUGGUGGAGGCGACAGCAAUGACGACACAAACGCGUAGCUCGUACCUUUCCCGCGAGAUCCUAUGGGGUCACCGCUUCGAGCCGGUCAUCUUCGAAGACCGUGACCGCUACCAGGUCGACUACACACACUUCCACAAGACCUAUGAGGUUCGCUCAACGCCCACUUGCAGCGCUAAGGAGCUGAGCGAACUGACCGGACACCGUUCAUCUGGGACGUCCCGCUCCGUGACGCCAUCUCAGUCGCUUCUCCCACCGCACUCGCCCAGUGCCUUCUGCUACGAGAACGAGGUGGCGCUGUGCUGCGGUGAGGACGACGAGGACCGAAAAAUGUUCCAGGAUUCGGCCACAAUGACCUCCGGAAACAACAUGCUCUGUGUACUAGACAUGGGCAAUCAGAUCGGGUUUGACAUCCUGCAGACUGCCAUCCCAGUCCACCCCAUGACUUAUAAGAGCGAAUCUGAGAUAUGACCUUCUCACUAGUACAUCCAUUUAUUUAAACACAUUUAUUUAUACAGAAAUGGAUAGUUAAAUAAAUAUUUAAGUUGAUUAUUUGAAUGUAUUCUACUU